AUGGGCUCAGUUUUCGGGACUCCGGCACCUCACAACGUGACUUUCACUCGAUCCGAAAUUCUCGUGUCUGAGGAUGUUGUAGACCGUUUACGUGAUCAAAAAUCCAAUAUUAGCGAAAAGGUCUCUUCUCAAAUUCAAGCUCCUGCUCCUUCUCCUAUAGCACAAACCUCACCUUCAAACCAACAUGUUGCAGAAACUGUUCCGGAGAAAAAGGCUGAUUCAUCAUCUGCUCUCCAUGGUUUGCCUCAUCCAUCAGAGGAAGCCAAUAGAAGAUUUGAGGCUCUGCUCAGAAGACUUAGUGAAAAGAAUGACUUGGCUCUUAAGCUGGCGGAAGAUGAAUACGCCAAAGUUGUUGAUCGUCUUCAGGCUAAAUAUCUUAAGUACUCUCCUGAGGCCUGCUGUGUCGAUGCUCAAAAAGUUGUAAUGGACUGCUAUAAAGCGAACGGUGAACGCUCUUUAAAUUGUUCUAAGGAGGUCGAAUCCUUUGUUCGCUGUGUUGCUGCUUUUCGCGCAGUAGGUUUCUGGCUUUCGAUAUUGACUUAA